CUCGUGUUAUUGUCUGACGCAGCUAGCUAGCCAGCUUGAAUUCGGCAAGUAAGACUCAUCUGCCAAACACUGAAUUAUUGUUAAUAUAAUAUACUAAAUACUUUCAACCAAAGCGCCUAAAGAAUGAGAAGAGUUACGUUAUUUGUUAACGGAACAUCUAAAAACGGCAAGGUUGUAGCAGUGUACGGGACCUUGUCCGAUUUACUAUCAGUAGCAAGCAAUAAGUUAGGAAUCAAAGCCUCCUGUUUAUACAAUGGAAAGGGUGGUCUCAUAGACGACAUUACCCUUAUUAGAGAUGACGACGUGUUAUAUGUAUCAGAAGGAGAUCCAUUCAUUGAUCCUCAGAAUGAAGUCAAGCUUACAUCUGAGCAACCUGGAGCACAUACUGACUGGCUGACCCUUAACAUUGGUGGUCGUCUCUUCACCACCACCAGGAGCACCUUGGUCAGCAAAGAACCAGAGAGUAUGCUUGCUCAUAUGUUUCGAGAGAAAGAUGUGUGGGGAAACAAGCAGGAUGAACAUGGGGCAUAUCUAAUCGACCGCAGCCCUGAAUACUUUGAACCUAUUCUCAACUACUUGAGGCAUGGGCAGCUCAUUAUCAAUGAAGGCAUCAAUAUAAGAGGUGUCCUGGAAGAGGCUCGGUUCUUUGGGAUUGAGCAGCUUGCUGAACAGCUUGAAGUAGCAAUCAAGAACUCGCAACCACCUGAGGACCAUUCUCCCAUUUCACGAAAGGAAUUAGUUCGUUUUCUUCUGGCAACACCUACCAAGUCAGAGCUUCGCUGCCAGGGUCUUAAUUUCAGUGGGGCUGAUUUGUCCCGACUUGAUUUGCGUUACAUCAAUUUCAAGAUGGCUAAUCUCAGCCGCUGCAAUCUGGCACACGCCAAUUUAUGUUGUUCCAAUCUGGAGCGGGCUGAUCUGUCUGGAGCCAAUCUGGAUGGUGCCAACUUACAAGGAGUGAAGAUGCUCUGUUCAAAUGCUGAAGGUGCUUCUCUCAAAGGAUGCAACUUUGAAGAUCCAUCUGGACUGAAGGCAAAUCUGGAAGGUGCAAACCUGAAGGGAGUUGACAUGGAGGGUAGCCAAAUGACCGGCAUCAACCUGCGUGUGGCCACUCUCAAAAAUGCAAAGCUGAAGAACUGUAACCUGCGGGGAGCCACUUUAGCAGGGACUGAUCUGGAGAACUGUGAUCUUUCCGGCUGCGACUUACAAGAAGCCAACUUGAGAGGGUCCAAUGUAAAAGGAGCCAUUUUUGAAGAGAUGCUGACCCCCCUGCACAUGUCGCAGAGUGUCAGAUAACUCAGCAGAUGUCUGCAAAUCCAGUCUGGCCUCUUAAUUGCUUUCUUCCUCCAGCCUCUCCCAUAUUCCAGCACUAUCUGUCUCUCAUGACCUGUUCACAGAUAGUUAUAUGCACAUCCCUGGCAUUCCACUUAUAUUAUGUUAGCUUUAAAUAUCUUGCACUAGAAAUUAUCCAGGGUUGUCCAUGUAUGUUUGUAUGGUAGGAUGUUUCUAAAUGUUUAGCUGUCUGCAUGUAUCACCAAAACAAAAUAAUCUUCCUAGUGUAUGUAUAUGUGUGUGGAUGCAAUCCAUUCACUGUACUCAUAUGAUAUUUUGCAUAAUUUAUAUUCAACUCGUAUUACUUGACAUGUUAGUGGGAGUCCAAACUAGAUCGUGAGUGGUAAAGUUCAGAGCCCCGAGCUUUACUGAACGCUGCUGUAGCAGAAAUGAAAGGGGUCACUUAUCAAUAACUGUGUUCUUAAGCAUUUCUCUUAAGUAUGUAACUUAAUUUUGCUGGAUACAACCCGUUAAAAAAAAAGUAAUGCAAGCCAAAGCCAUACAACAGCACAGUCUAAAAGGCUAAAAGUGCUGUGAUUGCACCAUAAAACUAUGCGACAGGCUAGUUUUAAACUUAGCUUGGGUAUGCAAUACAUGUUUUACAGCUGUGAGGUUUUUCCGUUUCUUUGAAAUAUUGUGUUCUUAAAAGCUUUUCCUUGUUUUGUGCUCUGUGAAUCUACCUCUUGUUUUUGUUUUUUUUUUUAAUCCAGUGUGAGCGAUUCACAAUUGCAUGCAUUUGACUGUGGCGCUGCUUAUUGUAAAGGUUAUAUAUGUAACUCAUUAUCUGCAAAACACAUUAUGAGGAAAUAAUCCAAGUUUGUGCUUUAACAGAAGAUCACGUUCAGGCAAUCAGUGUUCAUGCUGUCAAGGUGCGUUCGCCUGGAGUCAUGCUUCUCGUAUAUCACUUAUUCAUGCUUCAAACUAUUUGCACAAGCAUAUGUUUAACUUGUAACAUGUUAUACCUUUUCACCAAAAACUUUGGUGUGUGUAAUCUUAUGUAGAUCAAAUCCAGUGCUUCCAAAACUUCCAAAAAAUCACGAUCAGAAUAGACCAAUGUUGUCACCUGUUUCGUCUAGGAACAGUCUCACUUUAGAUUUUACUGUCGCAUGUGUGAAAAGUUAAAUUUGUCUCGACUGGUGACAUUUCUUUAGCUGUAGCUCCAGGCUGCUCACAUUCAGUACUCUUUACUCAGUUCAAUAGUAGGUACCCAGCCUGUGAGAAUGACUGAUGAAGGCAAUCAUGUUGUGUUUUUCACCUUGAGCGUGAAAAUCUAUUGAAGAGCUAUGGUUUAUUUAUUGUAAUGCAUCUCACUGAAUGCAAAGGUUGGUUUUUGUCUGAGAUGGGGGUGUGGUGAAUCCUCCCUGUCCAUGAAUAUUGCACUCGACCGUGGAAAUAUAUUUCCAUAAAUGACUGUUAUAAAUAAACUGCUAUGAAGAAGA